AUGGCCCUCUCAGACCACGGGAUGAAGCAGCAGCUUGACGAUGCCUUGUCAACCAUCGAAGAUGUUCUUGGCAAUUUGAGGCGUUUGCAGACCACUCAGAAUUGCGAUGGUAAAGUGGACCUGGAGGAUCCUCACAAUAUCGCGCAGGUCAUCCAAGGUGCGAUGUUCAUUGUGUUGGCCAUGUGGCUGAUCUUCGCCAACAAUUCCAAGGUGGCGGUGGCUCAACGCGCCCCACUGGAGCAACGUCACGCAGUCUGCGCCACCAUCAGCACGGCCGUGGCUCUCUUCUCGGGUUUCUUCAACAUCCUGCAACUGACGGCGAUCGAUGACUUUGAUCUUCCGGGGCGUGAGAACAACUUCAGCCUCAACUUGUCACGACCUGUUGAAUGGAUCGCCACCUGUCCCAUCAUGCAGUUGAAGUUGGUGGUCUUGGCCGGAGCCCGUGUUCCCAGCUACCGUCGCUUCAUGAUGCCGCUGCUGUCGGUGGCCGUGCUGCUGUGUGGUACCGCCUCCAUGUUCACGGGAGAUGCGCUGCGCUUCGGGUGGUAUGGCUUCGGCCUCUGUCUGGCCAGCAUCAUGUUCUACCACAACAUCCUCCAGAUCUCUGAGAACAGUGAGGGUGAGGAGAACGCCUUCCAAGGAGCUUCCGACUUCAGGAAGCUUUCGCUCCUCUUGAUUAUCACCUGGAUUCCUUUCCCCGUGUGGUUCAGCUUGAGUAUCGAGGGCUUCGGCGUCAUCACCGACUACCUCAUCAUCGAAAUGGGUUGGGUGGUCCUGAACAUCGUCUCCAAGUUCACCUUCAUCAUUUUGAUGCAGCGCAUGAAGAUGGUCCACCAGCGCAAGUUGGAGGCGGCCCGCGAGCUCUACGGCCUGUCACCCACCGAUGAGGUCCCCGAGGAUGAGUUGAAAAUGAAGGCCAAGGCGCAGGUCUCCAGCGCCACCGGCGGCAUUUUGGCCAGCACCUACGGCUUGGGCGCGGGCGAGGAAGCUGAAAGUGAAGAGAAGAUGGUUGAGGUGGUGGCCGAAACCAUGGUGACCCUGGGCAUGAGCGCCCACACGGACCGCUUGCUGCGGCUCUUGGUGGAGAAUGGCGUCACCAACACGGCGGUGCUGGAACGUCUCACGGGUGAGCGCUGCAUGGAGCUGAACCUGCCCUGGGUGCUGGUGGAAGCUACGCAGAAACGCUGGACCGCCGAGAAGAUGAAUCUGGGGCAAGACAAGGGUGGCUUGAUCGAGAAGGAGGAUCCCUUCAUGAAGCUUCUGGAAGCCAAUCGCGCCCGGAUGUCGCAGAAAGAAGUGAUGAUGUUGCCAAACAUCCCCGGCACGCCUGUGUCCAGCAUGCCAGCCAUGAACAUCAUGAGCCCAGGGGCUCCAGGCCACAUGAGUGAGCAGAUGGAAGAUCAGAUGCGGGGAAUGAUGCGCGAUGUGCUGCAACCCUUCCGUGAGGAAGUUCUGUCGAAGCUGCACUGCAUGGAGGAGAACAUGCAGCGGCAAAUGGAGAGCUCUCAGGAAGCCAUUGCCCAAAGAAUGGACUUCUCACAGGUGGCCAUCCUUCAGACGGUGAACGCCUGCCAAGUCUUGCUGCAUAAGUUGGAUUCCUCUCAGGACAGUGUCAUGCAGAAGGUGGAUACCCAGAAAAUUGUGGUGGAGAACGUGUUGACCACACUCACAGGUGCCACUGACAACACCAAGCAAGCGUUGAUGGAGACGGUGAACUCCUCCUCCAGCGUAUUGCUUCAGAAGCUGGAUCUCACGCAACAAGACUUGCUGAAGCAGAGCAAGGAGUCACACCAAGUCUUGGAAACUGUGGCCACCAAUCAAGGCGCCUUCUCCAAGCAGCUGGAGUCCGGCCAUGAGUUCACCCGCAAACGCUUGGUGGAGAUGGAAGGCACUUUGGAGCAAAAGAUCAGCGACAGCGGUGCGGAGAUGCGCAGCUGCCAAGUCGAAAGGGCCGAGGCUCUGAUGCAACACAUCCAGAGCGAGUUGGCGGGGCUCGGGAAGUGGUGCCAAGCCAUGGUGAACUCCACAGAACAGGCCACCAAGACACAGGAGGAGCGCAUGAUCGACGUGCGACGCCAGACCAUGCUGAUCAUGGACAUCGUCACGAGCACCCAGGAUGCCAUCACACAGAGUUCCGAAUCGCUGCAGAGCUUCACCCAUUCGCAGUACAUGAACAACUCCAGUGCCAACAUGGAGACUAGCCUUCGGGAGGUCAUCAUGCAUGAGAUGGCGGCCAUGAAAAACAGCUUGUUGGGGAUGGAGGAUACCAAGGAGGUGAAUCUGAAGUCUGCCAUCAUGGCCAUGGUGGAACGCCUGAACGAAGGCGUCAAACGCUUGGAGUUGGCUUCUGACAUCAGUGCCAGCGGCCUGGGUGGAAACGGGGUGGAUGAAAUGAAGAUGGAACUGGCCAACGUGGCACAGGUCCUGGCACAACAGCAACAAGAGGCAAGUACUCAGAGUCUUCAGCAGGUGAGUGACAUUUUGCAGAGCGAGUUGUCUACUUUCAAAGACUCCCAGAGUGUACAGACGGCUCAAAUUUCGGACUCUUUGACCGAAAAAGUGAGCAAUUUCUCCGAGCAGGUGAACCAAAACCUCGCUCGUGUUGAGGCGUCCCUCGACAAGAUCCUGGAAGCCAAGGUCGAGUCCGGGCGAAAAGCGCGGGCCGACCCGGUCAGCAGCGCUUCCUUCCCGCCGAGCUGCGAAAUUCUCUGCGCUGGCGUGGCACUGUAUUUGGGCGUCUUUGGUGCUUCACUUGGAUUGCCUUCCAGUGCCAUGGUUUCCGGCUUUGUCUUUUCCGCGGCGCUCUGCUUGGCCCUGGUGGGCGCAGAGGAGGAAGCCCUGCGCGUGCUGAACAUGGAUCUAGCCCUCGGUUUUAUGGAGAACGUGACAGCGCCGUACGUGUCCCCCGACGUCCGUGGGCUUCACUUCGUGGAGACCUUCGAUGGCGAGGUGUGGUCAAGAUGGAAGCAUUCCACCGCAGAGAAGUACGGCGGCCGAUUUCAAGUCACCACGCGCAGCACAGAGGCGCUGGUGGGUGACCUGGGCUUGCAGGUGCCAGAGGCUGCAAAACACUACGGAGCGGCAGUGAAGUUUGAACCCAUCAACGUUAAGGAUGGGGACUCCUUUGCAGUACAGUUCGAAGCAAAGUUCGAGGACGGCCUCUCGUGUGGAGGGUCCUACAUCAAGCUCUUCAACAGCGAAGGCCAGAAUGCCGAGGACUUCAAUUCUGACACCCGCUACGUCAUCAUGUUUGGCCCUGACCGAUGCGGCGCCACCAACAAAGUGCAUUUCAUCUUGCAGCACAAGAAUCCGGUGAGCGGCAAGUGGGAAGAGAAGCACCUGUCCUCGCCCCCAAGCGUCCCCAGCGAGAAGAAGACGCACCUUUACAGUGUGCUGCUGCGCCCUGACAACUCCAUCGAAGUGCAGGUGGAUGGAGAGAAGAGCUUCAGCGGUUCCCUGCUGAAGGAUCUGAUGCCUGCGGUGAAUCCACCCAAGGAGAUUGACGACCCCAGCGACAGCAAACCCACGGACUGGGUGGACGAUGCCAAAAUGGAUGACCCCGAAGCCAGUAAGCCGGACGACUGGGACGAGGAGGCGCCGUUUCGCAUCGCCGAUCCCUCGGCCUCGAUGCCCUCGGGAUGGCUGGAAGGGGAACCGCUGAAGAUCGCGGAUCCCAAGUCCAAGAGGCCAGAUGAUUGGGACGAUGAGGAGGAUGGUGAAUGGGAGGCGCCCGUCAUUGAAAACCCCAAGUGCUCGGUGGGCUGUGGCAAGUGGGAGGCACCGAUGAUCAACAAUCCAGAUUACAAGGGCAAGUGGUAUGCCCCAAAGAUUGACAACCCCAACUACAUUGGCGAGUGGAAGCCAAGGCAGAUUGCCAAUCCCGAAUUCUUUGAGGAUGAGAAUCCCUAUCAGAUCCCAACCAUCGAUUCCAUUGGCAUCGACAUCUGGACCAUGGACAAGGGCAUCAUUUUCGACAACAUCGUGGUGGACAAGAACCCCGAGAAGGUGGUGGACUUUGGAAAGGCCACCUUCAAAGUGCGGAACGAGAUUGAGAUGAAGCAGGACAAGGAAACAAGCUCCGGUAGUUGGUUCCAGGAGUACUUGGACUGGGUGUUCAACAAUCCUGUGCCAGUGCUGAUCAGCAUCGUGGUCUUGUUGAGUGGUAGUUUCCUGCUUUGCUGCAGAAGUCCCAGUCCUCCUGCCCCGCCUGCCACAACAGGUGAGGGUAGCCAAAGUACGCCCAAAAGAAAGGGGGUACGGGAGUACAGCACCAAAGCGAGGUCCGCUUCGCCGUCUGGAAAGAAGACUGAGAAGGACCAUCUGCCCUGGUCGUUGCGGUUGGCUCAAGAGUUGGACAAUCUGCCGAUAGAGAGCGAAAACAGCCACACAGCCCCUCGCGCCGCGUUACAGCGGCGUGCUGUCCGUGCUGCGAUGAACAACAACGACUUCCAGCGGUUGCUGACCACCAAUGACAGGGAGCUGGUCCAGCAAUUGACCUCGCGCAAGAAGCCGGGAGGUGGAGGCGCUGGGAAGGGUGGAAAAGGCCAAGGCAAAGGCAAAGAUGACAAAGCCAUUGCGCGCAUCGCGCGGGCCGCCAAGUACAAGCAAAAAGCCCUGGCAAAGGAAGAGAAGGCCGCAGAAGAUAACAAGUACCGCGAUCGCGCAGCUGCGAGACGUGACAUGAAGGAUGAAUACGAGAAAGUCGCUGCGGAAUUCGAAAACCAUGGCGAAGUCUCAGUGGAACAAUCCAAAUACCUGGGAGGCGACUUGGAGCACACGCAUUUGGUGAAGGGCCUUGACUUCGCCCUGCUGAACAAGGUCCGUGCAGAGUUGAACAAGCAGAAGAAGGUGGAGGAAGUCCAGAAAGCGAAGCAGCAGCAGAGAAAGCCGGGCGAGAAGGGCAAGCGCACCUUUGAGAAUCGAAUUGCGAAAAAUGUGUGGUUGACAGUGGUCGAUACCCUGCAUCCGCACCAUAGUACCUUCAAGGAGAGGGUGCAGAGGAUGGGUAAAGCCAUCGCGCAGGGGCAUCACAUCCGCAAUGCGCCCACCAUGUUUCUACCUGGGCGCAUGGCCUAUGAGUUUGACACGGAGCUUGAGAUGGGCAAAACGGAUAUCCCGAGAAUCGUGUACAUGAGCAAAGAGGAGGUGGCCCCCAGUGAACGAAACAAGUCCACUUCUGGCAUGCUCCCAGAGACCGCAGUUCGAGUCCGGGAUGCCAUGCAAAAAGCAGCGGAGAUGAAGAAAAAACGGAAGGAAAAGCAGAUGGCACAAAGCGUCAGCGCUUAUGCCCCGCAAAAGGUGGAUGUUGCCAGGGUCAAGGCUCGCGACAGCGACAACGACAUCUUCUCUGGGGCAGGAUCCUUCGACGCCAACGAGUUCGUGCAGAAGGCGCGAGCAGAGCAAGCCGCAAAGCGUGAGAAGGAAGGCAUCAAAGAGGAGAAGGUGAAGGUGGAGGUGAAAAAGGAGGAAAAAGAGGAGAAGGUCAAAAAGCCCUCCUACUUUGACGAUGCGGGCGAUGAGAAGUACCGCCAAACUCCCAAGGGUCAAUUGGAAUUGGAUGAGAUCGAAGUGGAGGAAUCGACUUUGGAGCCUGGUCAGUUCCACAAACCUACGGGGCGAUUCGAUGCCGCCAAGAGAUUUAAGAGCGCAAGGAAGAACUGGGUCUUCAAGUUGGGUGAUCAAGGCUUAGGAUACUACGAGGAAGUGCCACCGCGAAAGAAGGUCGAGACGCCAGUGGUGGAGAAGGACCCACGAAAGCGAAAGGCCAAAGCCAGCAGCGGACCACAGGGCAUGGGCAAUCCAGGCAACGACGCCUAUGAUGAGCUCUUCCCAAGCGCCAUGAUGGGUGGAGCCAUGAUGACAACGCACAGCGAUGACAGCGAUGAGGAGGAUGACAAGAAGAAGGAUAAGGACAAGAAGAAGGGCGCGGAUAAGAAGAAGGCCAUCAACGAGGAUAGCGUGGCCGCCAACAAAAAGGGCGCCGCGGCGGAAGCGAAGAAGCGGAAGAUGAGUGAGAAUCAGCAGUGGCAAAAGAUCGACAACAUGAUCAAGAAAGGAAAGGUGAGUUCCAUGGAGAGCAUGGAGCAGCAAGCCUCGAAGAAGACCGGGAAGACCAGUCACUUAGCCACGCCUGCUUUCUUCUAACGACUGCUCCGGGCGGAGGACAGCGGUGCAACACCCCGCCAGUUUCACCAAGGACGCCCGAGGGCGUCCACAGCGCCGGUUUGGUGACAAAA